AGUCCACCUACCGGAAAUCCAGGCAACUAAAUUGACAGUGAAAAUUAUCAAAAAUCCUAAACACCAGAAAAAAUCGGAAAAUUUUAUAUUUUCCUCCUAAAAAACACCUUGCAGCUAAUUUUACUUAUAGUGAAAUGAUUUUCUAAUGUGCUAAAUUGAAUUUAAUACAGUUGAAAUGGCAAUUUUCGAGUGGCGUAAAUUCAAUUUUUUCGACCUCAAAGCCAACGUAGAUGGUGGAAAUGUGUCAAAGGCUGUCCAAGAUGCUGAAAUAACAUCCACCACAAAUGGCAAUAAUCAGGUAUUUCUGUGUGAUUCAGCUGGAAAUGUGCACAUCUUCGGGCGAACAUGGAGCGCCAUGACAUUCAAGGCGCACGAAGGGGCAGUUUUGCUGUGCAAAUGGUCUCGACAGAGCAAUCUGCUCGUCACAGUAGGCACAGAUGACAAUAGCCCAGUGCCAGACUUGAAAGUCUGGAGUUUAACGGGGAAAGUGUCCAAAGAGGGCCUUCCGACAUGCGUCCGGACAAUGAAGAUUGCCCUGCAGAAGCCAACAGCUCUGGGAGUGUCUGAUGGAGGUCAGUACAUGGCUAUUGGCUUCGACAGGGGCAGCAUCUCGCUGUACCGGGGUGACAUUGCCCGAGAUCGCAGCAAGACGAUGAAAACCCUUUCCGGGGGCACAUCAGCCAUUGCAGGAAUUGCUUUCAAGAUGGUCUCAAAAAUUGCCCAAAUGUACGUCUGUUCGGACUCUGGAGUGAUUCUGUACAAUCUCCAUAGUCGAGACAAGGAGAUUAAAGUUGUGCUGGACUCCAUGCCAGCUCCCAUAAGAUGCUGCGUCCUGCAAACUGGGCAGAAUGUCGGCGAUGGACAUUUCAUGGUUGGAAAGGAUGAUGCCGUUUAUUGCUAUACAUCUGAAGAUCGUGCAUCUUGCUAUGCUCUCGAUGGGCAAAAGUCCAUCUUGCAGUGGUUCCGUUCCAAUUUGUUGACUGUAUCGAAACCCACGAAGAAUUCAAUGGCAUCACAGAAGGAUUCAGUGUUGACUGUAAUUGAUAUACAAAAUAAGUUUAUUGUCUUUUCAACACCAAUUGACCCAGUUGCAGCAAUUGUUGUUGAAUUUGGAACAUGUUAUAUUGUGACAAAAGCCAAAGAGGUAUUUCACUUGGAUGAAAAGGAUUUGCAGAGUAAAUUGAAUUUACUCUUCAAGAAGAAUCUUUAUGAUAUUGCUGUGAGAAUAGCCAAAAGUAGUCAAUAUGAUUCUGAGGGUUUAGCCGAAAUUUUUCGUCAAUAUGGUGAUCAUUUGUACAGUAAGGGUGAUUUUCCGGGAUCUGUGGAUCAAUAUACGAGGACAAUUGGUUUUCUAGAACCGUCCUAUGUUAUUAGAAAAUUUCUCGAUUCACGCCAUAUCCAUUGCCUUACGGAUUAUUUGCAGCAAUUGCAUAAACUUGGUCAUGCUACGGCUGAUCAUACUACCCUCUUACUCAAUUGUUUCACGAGAUUAGAUCAGACGGACAAUUUGAGGGAAUUCCUCAGUAAUGAUGCCAAUCCGGAUUUGAUGUUUGAUCUGGAUGUGGCUAUUAAGGUAUGCAGAACAGCUUCGGUUGAUCAGGCUCUGUCACUGGCGAAGAGGAAUAGAAAGCAUGAUUUUGCCAUUAGUAUCCUCACGGAGGAUAAGGAAGCUUUUACAGAAGCUUUGGAAUAUAUUUCGCAUCUGUCAUUUGACGAUGCAGACAAGAGUUUGAAGAAGUAUGGGCAUUUGCUGAUGGAACAGUGUCCAGUCGAGACGACGGCUCUGUUGAAGAAACUCUGCACAGAUUACAGUGCCCAGGAGAAGAAAGAUUCUUUCUAUGGUCAUGAUUUAAUUGAUACCAAUUGGCACAUUGAUCGAGGAAGUCCGGAGGACUUUAUACAUCUCUUUGGCCAGGAUACAGUUCACCUGGUGGAAUUUCUUGAACAUCUGGCUAGCAAUGUUUCCAAUUGCAGUUGCCUGGUGUUCAAUACUCUCAUUGAGAGCUAUCUAACAAUGUGGACCAAAGAUUCGGCAGCAGAAAGUCGACUAAUGGAGAUUCUGCAGAAAUUCCAAGGAUCGUACGAUAGAAAUCACAUUGUAAUCCUCUGCAGGACUUAUGAAUUCUGGCCAGGUGUCAUGUUUAUCUACGAAGAGGAGCAACUGUAUCAUCUAAUUGUGAGGCAUCAUCUGAAAAAUCGGGAUUACAAUCGUCUUUUGGAUACGUGUAAGCGUCUCGGGACACUGCAGCCAUCGCUAUGGCUACAGGCCUUGGCGGGUCUGAGGAGUGACAAAACAGCACCGUCCAAUCUUCUCUCGCAAAUCCUCCAUGUGAUUGCGCAGGAGAAGUUGCAGUCUCCUCUGCAAAUACUCAAUUGUUUGGCUGUGGAAAAUGGACCGAGUUUAUCGUCUGUCCGGGAGUACUUUUUGCAGGUGUUCCAGAAGGAGAAUGAUAGUUUUCGCCAGGAGGAUCAACUUGUGGAGAAGUACAGAAGGGAUUCAGUGGCACUUAAGAAACACAUUAAGAGUUUGCAAGAAGAUCCAAUUGAAUUUCGUGGAACAAUCUGCAACAAUUGUCAUCAACCACUCAGUAUUCCUGCCAUCUAUUUCCUCUGUCAACAUUCUUAUCAUCUAGACUGUGUUAAGGGCUAUUCGGAGAAUGAUAAGGAUUGUCCAGCGUGUCACACUAAGAAUAUGCAAAUUUUGGAUGCUCUCAAAGCUCAAAGUGAAUCACGUGGGCAACAUGAGGCCUUCCAUAAUCUUCUGGAUCGAUCUCCUGAGCCAUUUUCAGUUGUUGCGGAAUAUUUUGGCCGUGGAUUGUUCAAUAAAAUUGUUAUUGUAGAAGAAAAUACCAAUUCUGAGACCAAUAGAAAAACAAUUGGUAAUAAUAGUGGAAGCGCCAAAUUGAGCGAUAUGAGAGUGAAAGUAACUCAACCAUCCCCUUCAGCUUACAAUUCAUAUGGGACUGGUGCUGAAGCUCGUAUGAGACUGAAUGAAGUUCAAUCGAGCAAAGUGGACAUUCCAAUAGCUGAGGGUCGUAUGAGAACCCAAGAACGCCAGAAGCAUCGUGAUAAUGUGUAUUCAUCGAGUUUAGAGGCAAAUAUGACGUGGCGAAAUGAGACAAAAACAAAAACACCACCAGUUGGAAGUCCUAGAAGACCUCCUGCUACAAAUGCCAUUUCGAAAAAUCUAGCUCCAACAAAAUCAAAGAAUCCCUUUGAGGAUGAAAUUGAAUAUGAUGAGAGUAAGAAUCCAUUUGCUGAGGAUGAAGAUGAGGUGCCAGCUGUGGCUAAGGAAGCAUCAACAAAUCCUUUCGAUGACUAUGACAGUAAUUUGAAUCCAUUUGAAUAGGAUUGCAAAUUCCGAAUAAAUUAAAAAAAAAUAGCAUUGUUUAGUUUGAAAGGUAUUUAAUAUUAUUCAGUUAAAAAAAGAAUCGCUUUUAAACUAUGGUAUAUACAAAAAAAAUUAUCGACAUAUAUAUAUCCUUUUUUUUAAAUACUAUAAUCCUCUCACAAUUAUACAGAUUUAAAAACUAUUAUUAAUGUAAUUAUUGAAAUAUUUACUCAAAUACUUCAGACUAUUGUGAAAAGUUUGUAUAAUAAAUAUAUUCCCACAUUCAAUGUUAAUUUAGAAAUGUUGUCAGUAAAAACUACAUCCAGAUAAAUUUCUAA